AAUCCAAACAUUAUUCUUUUUCUUUCACGUUUUGCCAUUAGCCAUGAAUCAACAACGCUACAAUCCAAACAAUAUUUUUUUACCCGCAUUUUAACAUUCCUCACGUUCUGAUAACGCUAAAAUUUUAAUGAAGCUAGUUAGGACUCAACCCAAACAAGCCCUAACCUCAGAUGGCUCCGCCGCGCGCCUUUCCGGUAUCCACCUGGCAAGCGAGCUACUGCUUCUACCCUGCCCAAAAAGUAGCCGUUGCCUUUUCCCCAACCCCUCCUCCCAGAUCCUCGCAAUGCCUCGCCUUCCCCAUUUCAAACCCAACCGCGUCGCGGAGCGAGCGCGCACGAAAGGAGAGCAGCCGAAAAGGUGCCCGCUUCAACCAGCGAUCGGAAGGAAGCAGCCGAAAAGAUCUAGGGAUCGGAGGCGAGGCCGAAAUAGGGCACGGAUGGUGGAGGCCGGCGCGAGCUUCAUGGUACAUGGAAUCGAUCUCCCCGCGUGCGCGAUCGGGUUGCCGUUUCGGUUUCGUUUGUUGAUCUCGUGCGGGGUGUGUUUGUGGGUGCAGGAUAAGAUCGAGGCGGCGGUGGACGACGACGGCGGCGUCGCAGGCGGGGGUGUGGAGGGCGGGGACGAGGAGGAGGAGGAGGAGGAGAUGGAGCCCGUGGAGCCCCUGCCGGAGCCCCUCGACGACGGCGGCCCCGUCGGGUGGCCCAUGCCGGAGUUCUGCCCUCUCACGAUCGAUGGAGCGCUAAAGGAGUCGUUCCUGGAGACCCUUAGGAAGGACGCGGCGGAGACGGAGCGGCCGCCAGGGGAGGAACCAGAGGCGGAGUUGCAGAGCCCGGGCUCGCGGCCAUCGAGCAGCAAGCGCCCCCGCGCCGGCACCGCCUCUCCAUCGUCCGGGAGACCCUGCCGCAACAUCCUGCAGGUGUUCCAGCAGUGCAGGCAGGACGUGGUCGGGAAGACCGAGACGAAGAAUUUUUAGGAAUUACUAAGGAGAGCAAAGCAAAAUACAGGCCGCGAUGUCACGGCCUUUUACUACUACUACUAUUCGAGGUUAAUCUGUUUAGAAACAGUUUUACAUAUUGUUCUUGGAGAGGAGUUUUAUUCUUGUGUAAAGAUGGGAUACAAAGUUACAGACCAUAAGUUUCAG